AGAAACACCCAUUCUUCGUAAACCACAUUGACUUCAAGAAGCUUCUGCAGAAAAAGAUCCAACCGCCGUUCAAGCCAAGUGUGUCAAGUCCCGUGGAUGUCUCUAACUUCGACACUGUCUUCACGGCCGAGGCGCCUAUCGACAGUUAUGUUGAUGGCUCCCACCUCUCAUCCACCGUUCAAGCUCAGUUCGCUGGAUUCUCGUAUAAUGGUUCCAACAUGCCUAUCGGUUGAUAGGUCAUCUCAUUCUCAUUUCAUUUAGUGGACAUAGCACUGGUAUCAUAUAUUUGUUGUCACCUCGCACGUACAUUCUGUAAUAACUGCUCAAUCAGCGUAUUUUGGAUAUUGAUUAGUUCUGUGGUUUUUAAGGUGGCGAUGACAGGGGUGAUGAGUCUGCUUAGUCAGAGCCAGCCAAUCACUGACGGUCCUCAAGUGCUUACAACCAUGGCCACUGUCGCUCAUCACAUUCGUUCGGACUAUGAUCCUGCAGAUAGAGAGCGGCUAGAGAAGGAGACAGGUCAAGUUCCAAUAGACGAAGAAGAACAGUGGAACGCAGCGCCAACUUUCUCUGCUACUCGCCGUGCCCCACCUCCUUCCUUUGUUCCCGCGCGCAUUCAAUACGAUGAGUGGGGUUCUGCUGUUUCACUUACCCGUACAGUAUCUUCGAACGCCUCUGCUCCAGACAACGGGACCUCUGAGUGGUACAGAGCUCUGACAAGAGAUAGCUCUAAGACGUCGAAGAACCAACCACUAACACCCAGAUCGUCAAGCACACCCAACGAGGCUCCCAAACCAAAGAAGGAGGCUACAACCAAGAACAACUGGUUCAUCAAAAGAGCGCUUCAGUCUGAACCAUCGAGCAAACCUAGUUCUCCCGCACCAUCAUUAGCGGACCUCCUCGCACGAGAUCCACCACCACUACCAUCGGAGGAACGGUUUGUUCCUCCAGUCUGGCUGGCGAUAGGGCCAUCCAACAAAGGCUUCGGUCUACUACAGAAGGGUGGCUGGAACGAAGGAGAAGGGCUCGGUGCACACGCCGUUCGAUCUCUACGUCCAGCACGCACAUCUGCGUCAACCUCGCAUGCGGGGGCAAGUACUAGUACUAGCACUAGCAUACCACUCGACGACAAGGAAUCUCGAGACACACUUCCCGACGUCAUAGACCUCACCCAAUCCGAAUCAGAGCCAGAAGAUGAUGACUUUGAAUCUUUCCACCGAUCGCUUUCCCUCCCGCUCCCUCCAACGUCCUGUGCAUCUAAAGAACCUGAUCCGUACUCACAGAAGUCGUUGUUGACCCCUAUUCCGACGGUACUUAAAUCUGACCGCCUCGGGAUUGGUUUGAAGGCGAAAACGGAGGGGCCAUAUAAGCAGUCGAAGAAGCGGGUUACUCAUAACCAAGCGGCAUUGGCAUCCCACAUUAGGACGUCUGAGGAGCUGCGAAGGAAGAGAGCUGAGGUUGGUCGAGGUCGAAGAGGAUUUGCAAAGGUACGAAAGCGCGAAGAGAACGAAAGGAAACAUAUGCUCGCAUAUCUUAACACAUAGUUUACGACUUCAGUUUAGCUUAAAAGAUCAAACUCAAGUGAAUUGCAUGAAAAACUACAAACUACACACGAGCAAUAAAGUCUUAAUAAGUGACAGCCUUUUUUUACAUACACAAUGCCAUGAUGUGCAG